UAUAUUCAAUUAUUAUCGAUUCGAUCAUUGCGUAUCGGUGUAAAAAUAGUAGCUGUAAGCAUUCCAAAGAGGUUUUCGAAAAUAAUAUUUUUAAUCAAGGCAUUGUUUUACUCCGAAUCAACUAAUAGUUCGAAUAAUAAAAUAUAGUCCAGAAUUAUUUGAGUUGCAGGAGUUUCCACUAUCAUUCAGCUGUUGUGUCCUUUUUGCGAAAAGGAAUAAAAAAUGGAUGACAUCGACGAUUUCUUUGACUUCAGCAAACCUUUCAAUCGCGUCGUUAUUUCCGGAGGCUACUGCAAUGCUACGGUGGUGGAAGACAAAAGCAUCUUCACCAAGAUGCCUGAACGGGAAAAGCUCGGAAAGGAAUAUGUCGGAAAGUUUGUGAAAGAGGAGGAAUCCCAAUUAAUUAAUGCUUUUUUAGACGAAGCAGCUGGUCCGUCAACGUCGCGCACUUCAAACUUAGAGGAUGUGGAUGACGAAUCUUCCAUGGCAGACGAGGACGAGGAACAUGCCAAAGCACUGAAGGCCAAGGAGAUGAUGGCUCCGUUGUUUCAGAGAUAUAACUUCGUAGUGAAACACAACAAGCUUCCUAUUCGUAGCGAGAAAGAGGAUAUUUUGGAAAGGAUUCGGUCAAAUGCUGUUGUUAUUCUACAAGGACCGACUGGUUGUGGUAAAACAACACAAGUACCUCAAUACAUAUUGGAAGAAGCAUACCAUCGAAAAGAAUACUGUAACAUUAUAGUAACGCAGCCGCGAAAGAUUGCCGCUAUGUCUAUUGCAAAUCGCGUUGCUGACGAGCGAAAGUGCAAAGUGGGAGAAUUGAUUGGGUACAAAGUAGGACUGAAGGAAUGUUUGUCUGCAGAUACUCGUUUGUUGUAUGUGACAACAGGAGUGCUACUGCAAUCUUUGAUCACAUCUAAAACUAUGGCCAACUAUACACAUGUCAUUUUGGAUGAAAUUCAUGAACGGGAUGUGGAUAUUGAUUUUCUGUUGAUAAUUGUUCGUCGCUUAUUGGCCACGAAUUCCUCCAAGACUAAAGUCAUUCUGAUGUCGGCAACAAUAGAUGCGAAAAUAUUUUCGGAAUAUUUUAAGAUUCCUAAAAAAAGUGGUUAUCUAUCGGCUCCGAUAUUAUCCGUCGAGAAACCUACUUUAUUCCGUACCGUAAAGUAUUACCUUGACGAUCUAGACAAGCUUAAAACCGAUAUCUCGAUCGAUUAUGAGAACCCAGGAAUCUCCCCGGAAAUGUACAAGCUUGCUGCGAAAUUGGUGUUCGUAUGCGAUCGCUUGUUAGAGGACAAUGAUGGCGAAGAAAAGUUGUCUUACAAACCAUCGGUUAUAAUUUUCCUUCCUGGUAUUAAUGAAAUCGAUCAAAUGUAUGCAAGCUUAACGGGAAUGUUGGAACAAACUCAUCAAAGCGAGACGAAGCUUAAACUUAUCAAACUACAUUCUACAAUGUCGACGGAGGAACAGACGGAAAUGUUUCGUCGUCCACCUCCCGGACAGCGCAAAGUGAUAUUGUCCACAAAUAUCGCCGAAAGUUCCGUAACUGUUACAGAUAUCAAAUUUGUCAUAGAUUUCUGUUUACAACGCCUCCAGUACACAGAAUCCAGCACAAACUUCAACUCUUUGCGGACGCAAUGGGCUUCACACAGCAACUGUGAUCAACGUGCUGGUCGUGCCGGUCGUGUAAUGGAUGGGCGCGUGUAUCGAUUGGUCACUAAACGUUUCUAUGAUCAUCAGAUGAAAAUGCCAAUUCCUCCAGAGAUGCUACGUUGCCCAUUAGAUGCUGUGGUAUUGAAAGCCAAGUUGCUAGAAAUGGGUCCUCCUCAUUCCAUUUUGGCGUUAGCAAUGAAUCCCCCAGAUUUGAGUGACAUUCGUAAUACUGUACUACAACUAAAAGAGAUUGGUGCUCUACUGCGUACGGUCAAUGGCAACUAUGAACAGCUAGAUGGAGAUUUAACACGCCUAGGACAUGUGAUGGCCAAGCUGCCUAUAGAUUUGCGCAUGUCCAAGUUGAUUACACUGGGGUAUGUGUUCAGUGUGCAAGAAGAAGCCAUUAUUAUCAGUGCCGGGAUGAAUUGUAAAAAUAUCUUCAUCAAUCAGAAUAAUGUGCGAAGUUAUACGCAAAAAAUGUAUUGGGCCGAUGGGUCGGGCAGCGACGGAAUUGCCAUUUUGAACGCCUAUAUUGCGUGGAAAAGUCGCAGAGAGCAGGUUGGCGAAGGUGGUGACAUGAUUAGUUGGACUCGUCGAAUGUCAUUGGAUCUGAAAUGUUUGAUGGAUAUGGCUGAGCUGAUUCGUGAAAUCAAGGACCGCUUGAAAAAAAUCGGUUUGCAGGAAACAUUCGGGCCAAACAGAGUUGUGUGGUCUUCUCGUGAAAAGACAGUCAUUCUUAAAGUAAUAAUGGCUGGAGCGUUCUAUCCGCACUACUAUGUGCCCAUGUCUGUUGGUGGAAAGGAACUGAUGGAGCGCCAAUCAUUCACAGAGCUGGGCGGACGUGAUCCUUGCAACACAGUGUUUUUCACUGGAUUCGAUCACGAAAGAUACAUCGGUCCACUGUACACGGUGCAGAUCAAGAAUAUUAUCAGCGAGGGAGAUGUUUCCCGUCAUCAAAAUAUGAAGGUAAUGUUUGACCGCACCACAAAUCGCAUUUUCAUAACCUUCCUGGGCAGUAAUGACGAACGAGACCAGCGCGGCUCGUUCAUGCCGGGCAAAGUACAUUCCGAUGUUUAUCGUGCGAUAAAACUACGCAAAUUGGGCACUCGAAACCGAAUUUCGGAGCUUCGUACUAUGCGACAGAAGGACGCGAUUGAAUUUGCCACAAAAUUGGAUCUCGGCCACUGGGAGGAAGCGAACGGUUGGGUAUCCCGUCGAAAGAUUAUCCGAAAUGCUAAUCUAUCGGUUAUUCCACCUAUCUUUCGGGCCAGUAUGGUGUGCCAAGUGACGCACAUUGUGCACUGUAACAAGUUUCACCUGCGUCCCGAGGACAGCCGAAACAAGGACAUUUUCUCCGACAUUCACUCCAAGUUAAAUGCCAGCUCGUACAGAUUACCCCGUUUUGAUCCAGAGUUUCACUUCGCUGCCGGAAUGAUUAUCGCGGCUCCCUUGCAGGAGGGCAGUGAUCAGUAUGCUAGAGCAGCUCUAAAAAGCUUCAAAAAUCAACGACGGACUGGCGAUAUUCUUUGGAUCAUUUUCUUCCUCGAUUAUGGACAUACCGCUGCUCUGGGAGAAUCGGCAUUUAGGCGACUAGAUGGUCCUUUGGAGUAUCUGAAAGAUAUUCCUCAGCGCGUAUUCGAAGCGUCAUUAACAGAGGUUCAACCUUCGGCCAUUAUUUCACCGCAAGGUAUCUGGACAGCCGAAUCAAUCAACAGGUUCAAAGAGAUGACCCUCGGUAAGAUUUUCAUCGCAGAAAUUUAUUCGGUGGUGAAUAAUGUGGCGAGUGUUAUUCUGCGAAAGGGAGAUGAACUUCCAAUAAAUGCUGAACUUAUUCGGCUCAAGUAUGCACAAUAUUCAGAAGAAAGCUAUAUCUCCAAGCUAGAUCAUGAUUCACGCGAGAGAAAACAGCGAGAAAUGUCGUUAGACGAAAACAUGCGUAUGGAAGUGUACCGCGCAGCAGAAAUGAACCAAAACCAAUACGAGGAAGAGGAACUCGAAGAUGUAUCUCCACCGGAAGAGAAGCUUCGUUGCAAGGUGGUUCUUUCGGGCCCACACAGUCCACUUGAGACAAGUGCGUCGUCAACCAUCCAAUCUGGUGUAAUGAAGCCGGUAACAAUAGAAUCCGAUUCCGUCAAUUCGGUGUUGCUGGAUUCAAAUCCCCAGGAUACACAUGAGAAACUGUUGGUAGCUGGAUUUGUUAAUGAACACGGAAAUCGACUAAUCUGUCGUCAAACUUCAAUGAUGCCUAAUAUUCCGGGAUUCGGUGCAUUGAUGGCACUGAUCUUCUGCCCUACCUGUCAGUUGAAAAAAGACGAUGAUGAGACACGAGUCGUUAGCAUCCUGUGUGGAUUGGGCAUGGAUAGCUCGACAGGAGAUGCUAUGUAUCCUGAGCACGACCUAACCAUGUCCCUGGAUGUCGUUCUUACCGACGAAGACAUCUCUCAAAUAAAUGCUUUACGCUACACUAUCGACAGCAUUUUACUUACUGAUCAGGAUCAAACUAUGCCCAAGUUCAACAACGUUUCUAUCGAAAAGCUUAAGCUCAACAUCAAAGGAUUUAUCAUUAAGAUACUGGAAACCGAAAGGAAAUUUUUGGAUGUUCGUCAUGCGCCGAACGAUUAUGCUUGGAAAAACGAUUUGAACGCCAGUGCGGGUUCAUCGUCCAAAAAGCGUAAAGAUGACUUAAACAUCUAUAAUAACGCAAUUUACCCACUACACGAGCCAUUGAACCUUUUGCCAGUCAGUGCAAAACAAAUCGACUUUUUGAAAAGGCAUUGUCGCGAACUACACAGGCUCGGACUCACCGACGUUCAAUUGCCACGGCACGGAAUCACUUGUCAAAUGUGUAACACUGUUUUAGAAACGCUACCGCAGUUGCGUAUACAUUUGUACUCGAAAUUGCAUCGAGAUCGUGAGUCACAGAUCAAGUUCCGUUAGUGAUCAUACAUGCUAACAAUUUAAAACAUAUUCGAUCAUUUUGAAAACUGAGUACGUUUUUUUAUAUAAUUUGGAACAUUUUAUGUUCAGACGUGGUGUUCCUAACGAACAUUUAAACUUAUGAUAAUGUUGCCUUUUCUGUUCGCCGAUGUCGUGAUCAAUUCAAUAUAAAGCUGGUUCAGGAAAUAAAACCGCUUCAAGCAAGAUAAUAUGAAAA